ACCUUGUCGACACAGGCUCGGGUAUAAAGGCGGCCAAAGACCCACAGCCAACACAGUACGGUUUCCUACUCUCACACACCAACAUCAUGAGGGCUCUGGUUGUUUUGGCAGUGGUGGGCGUGUGCUCGGCUGUACCCUCCAUCCGGGACACCCCGGAGGUGGCGGCAGAGAAAGCUCGAUUCUUCCAGGCUUACCAGGUUGCUCAGGCUGCUGCUCAGCCCCAGUACAACGCCAUCCCCCACCAGGCCUACAACACCGGUCAUUACAACCCCUCUCAUCACAACGCUGGGCACUACAACCACGCCCCGGCACAGCCCAAGUGGACUGGUCCCGUAGCUGCCACAGUCCCCGCCGGUGUUGACGGUACCAUCACCCCCGUGUCUGACACCAGGGACGUUGCUGCCGCUCGCAAUGCCUUCUUCAACGCCUACCAGGCUCAGGUGGCUGCCACCGUAGGUGCUGCUCCCCAUCAUCACGGAGGUGCUGUUCACUACCAGGCUGCUCCCACCUACACCCCUGCUGCCCCUGUCCAGCCCAGGUGGACCGGCCCCGUGGCUGCCACCAUUCCCGCUGGACUCCCAGGGGCAGGCAGCCAGGUGGCUGACACUCCCGAGGUUGCCGCCGCCAGGCAGGCCUUCUUCAACACCUUCCAGAGGCAGGCAGCAGCAGCGGCACCACCAACCCGAUACUAUUGAACCGUACUGUGAUAAUUCGGCCAAUUAGUAUAUAAACUAUAAGAAUAUAUAAAACAAACCAUAUGUACAUUUAUGUAAAAAGAAAAUUGAUAAGAUAAAACAAUGAAUUAC